AUGGCUAAUAAGAAAUACAACCACAAUUUGUGAUGAAGAUCAAGCUGAGAGUGUUGCCCAAAUAGGCUUAAUUGGAGAAUGAUAAGUUUGGUAGAUAAAAUGAAAGCGUCACAGAAAAUUAUGUUAGAAGGGCUGACUGAAUAUUUCGAAAAAGAUGAAAAUAAUGUAGGAAGUGAGGAAAGAAGUAGGUUGAUUGGGGUGUUGGAUAGAAUGAUUGAGGAAAGUGAAAAUUCUGAUAAGGUAGUGAGCUUGAGGUCAAUGCUGCUUGAUAUCGAUAAUAGUGAUGAAGAUUAUUAA